AAUGGGCUGAGGAAGCCCCUGCAGCUGUAUCAUGUCUAAAAAUCGUAUACCGGGGCCGACUCCUGGAUGAUGACACCACACUUGAAUCAAAUAAAAUCCCACGCGGACAGUCCACUGUUGUACAUUUAGCUAUUAAAAAUAUUCACAAGAUACGGCACCAAAGUGUCAAUGUACAAUACUGUGAUCCGAUAAACGACAUGAACCUUUUACAUUUUAGUGAUUCGCUUCCUAUUAUCG